AUGAGCAGAGAGUUGAUGAACGGGUCCAUCCUACACUGCCUGGAAACGGCGAGCCUAGGGAUGCCCCUGGAGGUGUGGAAGACGAGGAUGUGCGUGUACAGGAACGAAAACACCAUCAGAUCUUUUGCCAACAUUUACAAUAAAGGGAUUGGGCAGUUCUACGCCGGUUUUUACGCGAAGCUAGUAGAGAGCUCCUCCAAAGGAGCCGUCCUGUUAAUAUCAAAAGAACACAUGAUUAAAUUUUGUAAUGAUUUGAAUAUGAACAAAACGACAAAUGGCUUUAUCGGUGGAGCUACUGGAGGCAUUUGUCAAUCCUUCGUGAUGACUCCGUGUACCUUUUUUAUAACUGCCAGCAUUGACAAGAAGAUUAAUUAUAGGGAAAAAGUUGUGGAUAUUUUUAAAAACAAAGGAUUUACCACCCUGUAUAAGGGAAACAGUGCCAUGUGCUUGCGACAGGGGACGAAUUGGGCCAGCCGGCAGGGCAUAACUGAGUGGAUCCGCAACUUAUUUAUCGAGCGGAAGAGGAAGGGACAGGCAGGCUUGAAAAAUGAACUUACGGAUGAGCGGAGUCAAGUUUAUCGGUCCACCCCGACGAAGGACACCAAUCACUCGUUAGACAAACCGGGAGGUACUACCCACGAUUUAUCCCCCACGGAAGAGCUCCUCUGUGGUGUCCUCGGAGGAGCCCUGUCGGUCUGGAACAACCCAUUCGACGUGAUUCGAGUGUACAUGCAGAAUAGCGCGAAUAAGAACAUCAAGCUGACGUUCUUUCAGUCAUUUGUUAAUCUUUACCGGGAGGGAGGGAUCCUGUACCUUUACAAAGGGGUCAUCCCCCGAUGCUUCCUGUGCAUCUGGCAGACCCUAUUUAUGGUCACGGGGGUUAAAAUUCUGAACAAAUAUUGUUAG